CACGUUUGAAUGGCUGGGGGCGGAGCGAGUUGCUGACGUCAUAAGGGCUGUACCCGGGAUGGUCUAUCAACACGGUGCGCUUUCCAGAGGUCUUCCCUGCUCCUCGGUCAUCCCAGCGCAGACAUGUCGGACUUCUCAGAGGACCAGAUCAUAGAGUUCAAAGAGGCCUUCCUCUUGUUUGACCGCACGGGUGAUGGCAAGAUCAGCUACAGCCAGUGUGGGGAUGUUAUGCGGGCCCUUGGCCAGAACCCUGUCAAUGCUGAGGUGCUCAAGGUCCUGGGAAACCCCAAAUCAGAUGAGAUGAACUACAAGAUGCUGGAUUUUGAGCAGUUCCUGCCCAUGCUCCAGGCCAUUGCUAAGAACAAGGACCAGGGCUCCUUUGAGGACUUUGUUGAGGGAUUGCGUGUCUUCGACAAGGAAGGGAAUGGCACAGUGAUGGGAGCAGAGCUACGCCACGUCCUCACCACACUGGGUGAGAAAAUGACGGAAGAAGAGGUGGAGACUCUUCUGGCUGGACACGAAGAUGCUAACGGUCUUAUCAACUAUGAAGAACUCGUGAGAAUGGUGAUGAGCGGUUGAAGAGUUCAAGAGCACACUUUUUCAUUUUAUUCAUGAAUGUGUUUUGUAUCACGUUGUCUUGCUCUCCCAAAUGCCACCCUUUGUUUUCUUUUAGAUUUGAGCUUUUGGGGUUUUGUUUCGUUUUUUGCAGAAGUGCCUUUUCUGUGUAUGAGACCGUUUCAUCUCAUAGCGUCCAGCCACGCGGAGGCGCGCGUCACCGCACCAUCUGUGGACAGAAUCGGCAGUACCAUUCUCUUGAUUGUUUUACACAUUCCCCCCCGCGUUACUUACCCCGGGACCCCUGUAGUAAACAAGCUGGUUUCUCUUUUCUAGUGCAGGAGAUGCUGCGUGUUUAUCUAGUGCAGGAGAUGCUGCGUGCUUAUCGGCAGAGAGGACUCGAUGCAGGAUUGUAGAUACGUCAUGACGGAGGGGUACUCUGCUGUCAUGUUACAGUCAACAUUAUUUAAUAAAGAUCCCAGUUUCUGAAA